CAAGAUAUUAUGAUAAUUCACAAGUUUAAAACUACCAUUAUCACCUCCCAUAAGUGCUUCCCAGCGGGUUGAAUGGCCGGAUGUUGUUGUUGUUUGGGAUAGCGGCGCCCCGCGGCUUUAGAUCCAGACCCAGACGUCCAUCAUAAUCCGCAGCGCCAACAGUCAACUCCAAGUGCUGCAGGUGACUCUGCGAGCAAAAGCUGUUUGGAUAUGCAAGCGAACACAACGCGGGGUUUCUUGUGGUCGGACGUGGAGACGAGGACGUUGUUGAACAUCUGGGGGGAGCAGGACAUCCAGACGGCGCUGGAUGGAAACUUCCGAAACAGCUUCGUGUAUCGCGACGUCUCCCGGAGGCUGGGGGUGAUGGGGUUUGAGAGGACACCGGAGCAAUGCAGGGUGCGCAUAAAAAGCCUCAAGAGGCAGUACUUGUUGGCCAAAGAGGGUAAUCUGCGCAACAACGGGCAGUAUCACAAGAUCUGUAAGUUUUAUGACACCAUGGAGAGGAUUUUGAGCAACCGACCCGCCCUUGACCCGCAGGAGUUCAUAGAUAGCGGUGCGGGAGCAGAGGAGGCCGGGGAUGGCCUGGAGGAGGAUGGAGAGGAUGCUCAGGAUGCUUACUCAGAGAGCACAGGGGAGUGUCCUUAUCCUGCAGAGACUGAAGUCAAGCUGGAGUACCCAACAGUUCCCAUCCCUAUUCCAGUUAAAGUGACAGUGGGCAACAACAGCACUUCAGUGAGGCCGCAUAACAGCAGCCAGCCGGCCAGUAAUCUGUCAGCCAGACCACCCAAACGAACGAGGAAGCGGCGCGCUAACUUCCCCAUGGAGAAACUGAUGGAGCAGUUCCUGGAGCAGAGCGCGCAGGCGGAAGAAAACUUCUACCGGGUGGAGGAGCAGCGCCUGCAGGCGGAAGACCGCCGCAGGGAAGCCGAACACGCCAGGGAACUGCACAUGCUUCAGAUGCUCGGUCAGAUGUUCUCCAGCAUCUCCUCCGGCAGACCCGGCUCCGCAGCCUCUCCAUCCAAAACUGCUCCCUCUGCCCGCGCUCCCGUGUUCUCCGGUGCCCCCCCGUCAUGUGCACGUGGCCAGUUCAGUCACCUCAGGCACCCUUCACCCCAGACAGACUGUUGCACCCAACAAAGUCAGCUGCUGAACCCAGAUCCACAGGCAUUAGUGUUUGAGCGAUACUACAGUUUGGGGUCACACAGAGGCAUGGAUGAUGACAUCCUCUCACUAGUAAAGAGCAUAGUCCCUCCACUGACGUCCAAAAAGCACAAGGGACAGGAUGGACGUAUUGGGAUCAUUGGUGGAUGCCAAGACUAUACUGGAGCGCCGUACUUUGCUGCCAUCUCAGCACUGAAAGCGGGAGCUGACUUGUCUCAUGUGUUCUGCACCAAAGAUGCUGCAACUGUAAUCAAAUCAUACAGCCCUGAGCUCAUAGUUCACCCUGUUCUAGACAGUCCUAAUGCAGUGGAAGAAAUAGAAAAAUGGCUCCCAAGACUUCACGGCCUUGUGGUGGGACCAGGUCUAGGGAGAGAAGAAGCGUUAUUGAAAACAGCUAAGGAGGUGAUAGAGAAGUCUAAAGCAAGAGACAUCCCUAUAGUCAUUGAUGCAGACGGAUUAUGGCUAGUUACGCAGCAACCAUCUGUUAUUCAAGGGUACCAGAAGGGCAUCCUCACACCGAACUUCAUGGAGUUCACUCGACUGUACGAGGCGCUGCACCAUGAGCCCAUGGAUGGCAGUGAUCAUCAACGCAGCGUCAUGCAGCUCAGCGUAGCUAUGGGCAACAUCACUACGGUGCUAAAAGGAGAACAGGAUCUCAUUACAGAUGGCAGUAAGGUGAUCUCAUGCAGUGUUGAGGGCAGUGGGAGGAGAUGUGGUGGACAGGGAGAUCUUCUGUCUGGAUCUAUGGGAGUUUUGGCGCAUUGGGCCCAUGCUGCAUCUGCAGCAGGAACGGUCAGAAGUGUAAAUCCUUCACUGGUUGCAGCGUUCGGGGCCUGUUCGCUUACAAGACAGUGCAACAGUCAAGCAUUCCAGCGACACGGCAGGUCUACCACCACAUCAGACAUGAUCCAGGAGAUCGGCUCAGCCUUCAAAAAGCUAUUUGAAAGCUGAAAACGGCCGACUGAAAUCAAAAGUGUCAUUUUAAAAGCUAUACAUACAUACUCAGUUUUGCAUUCUUUAAAACUGGUAAUCAAGCCUGUGGGUGGGCUAGUUAAAAUGUUCUCAUCAAGCUGAAUUUGA